GGCCCGUCCGCCGCCCGCUCGGCUCGGCCCGGCCCGGGAGGCGUGCAUGCCCCGGCUGCCCGCGGCGCUCACCAGCAGCAUGCUCUAUUUCCAGAUGGUGAUCAUGGCAGGGACGGUGAUGCUGGCGUACUAUUUCGAAUACACGGACACGUUCACUGUGAACGUGCAGGGCUUCUUCUGCCACGACAGCGCCUACCGCAAGCCCUACCCGGGCCCGGAGGACAGCAGCGCCGUGCCCCCCGUGCUCCUCUACUCGCUGGCCGCCGGGGUCCCCGUGCUCGUGAUAAUAGUUGGAGAAACUGCUGUGUUUUGCCUACAACUGGCCACAAGGGAUUUUGAAAACCAGGAGAAAACUAUUUUAACUGGAGACUGUUGCUAUAUAAACCCACUGGUGAGGAGAACUGUGCGAUUUCUUGGAAUUUAUACGUUUGGACUGUUUGCUACAGACAUCUUUGUAAAUGCUGGACAAGUAGUUACAGGAAACCUGGCUCCACAUUUUCUCGCCCUGUGUAAACCCAACUACACGGCACUUGGGUGUCAGCAGUAUACGCAGUUCAUCAGUGGGGAAGAGGCCUGCACGGGCAACCCGGAUCUCAUCAUGAGAGCAAGGAAAACAUUUCCAUCCAAAGAAGCGGCUCUCAGUGUCUAUGCAGCUAUGUAUCUGACAAUGUACAUUACCAACACAAUCAAAGCCAAAGGAACAAGACUUGCUAAGCCCGUUCUUUGCCUGGGCUUAAUGUGUUUGGCCUUUCUUACUGGGCUCAACAGAGUAGCAGAAUAUCGAAAUCAUUGGUCCGAUGUGAUAGCAGGCUUUCUGGUUGGAAUAUCUAUAGCAGUAUUUCUGGUCGUGUGUGUGGUAAAUAAUUUCAAAGGAAGACAACCAGAAAAUGAGCAUAUACACACAGAUAAUAUGGCACAGAUGCCAAUGAUCAGCAUUCCUCGAGUAGAAAGUCCUUUGGAAAAGAACCACAUCACUGCCUUCGCAGAAGUCACAUGAUAUUGAAGCAGAUGGUCUUUCACUGCAUUGGACAUCGUCCCUUUUCACCAUCCAUUCAUAACACCCAAAGUGUGUUUG